GCUAAGAACAUUACAGAGCUUAACUUACACACUUACAUCAAAAGCGAAUUAAUAACCCGCGAUUUUAGAUCUUUUGUUCCCGAAUCCACCAUGGCAAUUCGUAACAUCCUUACCUACAUUGUUGUUAUAGCUAUCGCUUCCUCGGUUGCCUACGCUGCUGAUCCAACACAGCUCCAAGAUUUCUGUGUUGCAGUGAAUGACCCCAAUGCUGCUUUAUUUGUCAAUGGACAGUUUUGUAAGAAUCCAAUGGAAGCAACAUCAGAGGAUUUCUUUCGCCAAGGGCUUGACAAGCCAGGGUUCACCGGAAAUGGCAAUAGACUAGGUGCCAACGUGACCUUAGUCAGUGCAGCACAAGUCCCGGGCCUCAACACUCUUGGAAUAUCAAUCGCUAGAAUUGACUUUGCACCUUACGGGCUCAAUCCUCCCCACACUCACCCUCGUGCUACUGAGAUCCUUACAGUCAUUGAAGGAACUCUAUACGUUGGUUUUGUGACCUCUAACCUCCAAAAUGGUGAAAAUAAGUUGUUUGAGAAGGUGCUUAACAAAGGAGAUGUGUUUGUUUUCCCUCAAGGCCUCAUCCACUUCCAGUUGAAUGUUGGUAAAACUCCAGCUGUCGCAAUUGCUGGUUUGAGCAGCCAAAAUCCCGGUGUGGUAACUAUUGGUAACGCUGUAUUCGGGGCGGAGAAACCUAUCUCGGUUGAUGUUCUAAGCAAGGCCUUCCAACUUGAUGGCAAUGUGAUCAAGCGUCUGCAGUCACUAUUUUGGAUCAGCCCCUAAUUGCAUUACUUAAAAUGCUCCUAUACGGCUUUCUCUAAAUUAUUAUGAAGCUAUUAUACAGCUAAUAAGUUUCUAGAUAUUGUUUUAAAUUUAAGUAUUUUCUGAUAUAAAAAAUGUAUGUCUUACUUUAUGUGCAAAAGUUAUUCAAGUGAUGAAUUUAUAAAAUAAAGCAGUUUUACGUGUA